AUGGCAGGUGAGUUUACAGGUGUUUGUGGUGCUUGUUGUGGAAUCAGCAGUUUCAUUCUAUUUUUAAUGAUCAUAUUAUCGUUUAGUUCAUUAGAUUAUAAUGAGGUUGGUUUAGAUUAUAGUUCAAUUACUAAAACAAUAUCUCCUAAAAUCUAUUAGGCAGGAAUCCAUUUCCUAGGCAUUGGACACGAGUUCAUCACUUUCCCUAAGACAGUUUAGACUGUUGAGUUUUCUGAUGAUAAGACUGCUGACAGAAAAAUGAUACAUUCAAGAACUAGUGAUGGUUUAGAAGUGGUGUUAGAAAUCUCAUUUUAAUAUACUUACAAUUUAACUUAACUCUACUCUUUGUUUGCAACAUAUUAAACUAAGCACAAACCCAUCCUCAUUAGACAGUCUAUUGACAUUCUUUCUUUUGUUGCCACUCAAUACUCAGCCUACGACUUUUUUAUGGACAGAUAAAAUAUAGGAAUUGCAAUGUAGGCAGCCUUAGACGAAUUAUUUGAGAAGGAAUUGUAUUCCAAUUGUGAGUUUUUUCAACUUCGUUCUGUGGAUUUACCGAACGACUUUGAAAAUGCCAUUUGGAGUUCGGAAGUGAAGAAGCAAGAGAUUGUUAAAGCCUAAGCUCAAAAGAACAAAACUGAAGUGGAACUGGAGACUAACAAGAUGACUGCCUUAUACAACAGAGAGGUUGUGUUGAAUUAGGCUUAUGGUGAGGCCAAUUCUACUCUUUCAAAUGGGAAGGCCAAGGCUGAUGCAUUUUUGACCAUUUAGGAGGCCAAUUAAAAAGCGUAAAUAUUAGUCAGAUUCUAUAUUUAGAUUCAAGUCUUUAAAGGAGCAUUUGAAGUUGGAUGGGAAAGGGGUAAUUGA